AUGACUACUCCAACGCUGAUCAACCUCCCGCCUCCACCUUCAGACCCCGUCACACCAUCAGAUAUGGGACCUGGCACGCCAAACUCAGGCCUCUCAGCCCUAUCAACAACAGCCAUAAAAGACGGCCACCAAGGCGCACCAUUCCCCCACGCCCGUCACACCCACCAAUCCUCCUCAGCCUCCACAUCCUCAACAACAACCCUAGACGCCGAGCGCGCCGACCGCAUCUCCCGCCUCGCCGGUCUAGAACGACCCGAGCCGGCGGCCACUACUCCUCCUCCUCCCGCGAAUGCAAACGCAAACGCAAAUACAGGCGCGGGUGCAAAUGCGACCUCCACACCUCAAACACACACCCCCGGCGCUGCAGCCUCGUACGGCUACUUCGACAGUCCUGCAACGCUGAAAGAGCGCAGUACCGUCGGCAGCGCGAGUGCUACGGGUAGUCUGGGAGGUAAUACGUACACUAGUACAUGGGCCAGCGGCAGUGAAGCUUACGAGGAUAAAAUGAGUGAAGAUCCAGAUCCGAUGGAUCGCGAUCAUGAACAUGAACAUGAACAUGACGAUGCUAUCUCGAGCAUUAGUAAUGGCGCGAGUAGUACUAUCAGUGGUCCUACUUCGCGACCGCCGCCUGGUCUUAAUCGGAUGUCUUCUGGCGGUGCUGGUGGUGCUAGACCGACGUCGAUGAGUUCGAAUGUUAGUCGGUCUAAUCCUUUGGCGUCUUAUUUGCAGCAACAACAGCAGCAGCAGCAGCAGAAUCCGUCGCAGUUGUAUCAGCAGCAGCAGGCGCAUCAGGGUUAUGCGGGUGAUAAUGGUAUGUCGCCUUCGCCUGCUGGGUCGAAUACGCCUGAGCCGAUGGAGGAUGCGCGCAUGGUUGAUGGGAUGACUUUUGAUCGUGAUGUGGUUGAUACUACGGCUCGAACUCCUCGUAUUGCUUCGCCUUUUGAUCGGGGUGAGGGUGGUGGUGGUGGUGGUGGUGGUGGUGGGUUUGGGACUCCGGGUCAUGAAUAG